UAGCUCACACCACUUGUCAACAGUUCCUCUUCGAUCGUGAGCUUUUCGUGUGAUCGAUCUUCACUUGAUCAUCCUACUGUUCGUGACGCAGGGAGCGGCGGCAAUGGAGACGCCCAGACCUCUAGCGGUCUUCCUCGCCGUCGCCACGCUGCUCGCGGCGCCGGCCGUCGUGGCGGCCUGGUCCAAGGGCACGGCCACGUUCUACGGCGGCAGCGACGCCUCCGGCACAAUGGGCGGCGCGUGCGGGUACGGCAACCUGUACUCGACGGGGUACGGCACGGCGACGACGGCGCUGAGCCAGGCGCUGUUCAGCGGCGGCGCGUCAUGCGGGCAGUGCUUCCAGAUCACGUGCGACUCGCAGACGGACGGGCGGUGGUGCCGGGCGGGCGUCUCCGUGACCGUGACGGCCACCAACCUCUGCCCGCCCAACUACGCGGUCCCCAGCGACAACGGCGGGUGGUGCAACCCGCCGCGGGCGCACUUCGACAUGGCGCAGCCGGCCUGGGUCCAGAUCGGCGUCUACCAGGGCGGCAUCAUCCCCGUGCUGUACCAGCGGGUGCGGUGCGUCAAGCAGGGCGGCGUGCGCUUCACCAUCACGGGGUUCAACCACUACGAGCUCGUGCUCAUCUCCAACGUCGGCGGCAGCGGCUCGGUGGCCAGCGCGUGGGUGCAGGGCACCUCCACCAACCGGGUGCCCAUGAGCAGGAACUGGGGCGCCAACUGGCAGUCGCUCGCCGGGAUCGCCGGCCAGGCGCUCACCUUCGGCGUCACCACCACCGGCGGACAGACCAUCGUGUUCCAGAACGUGGUGCCGGUGAACUGGGCGUUCGGCAUGUCAUUCAUAAGCAACCUGCAGUUCUCCUACUGAUUGUCAUGUCACACCCUGCACUUUAUUAUUAGAGCCUAGCUAGGAUGGAGCACUGACUGCUGGCUAUAGCAUUCAAGCCGUCAGUAGAUAGAUUAUUUGGGAAAAGCUCUCCGGCUGGAGCAUUGCAUUUGCAUCAUGUGCAGAUAUGUUCGUUUUCAGUUUGUACGUGUAACUUGAUUGAUUGCAGUAACUCAGACUCCACGUCACGCACGCUAGCGCAUAGCUAGCCAU